AUGAGCCGAGCCAUCAAUGCGCUGCGCCAGCGAGGCCUCUUGGCCGGCCUCACGCACGCCGGCGCUCCGUCCGUCCUUGACGCAGCCGUGGCCGCUGGCACCAAGCCCAUCGGUGUCUACUGCGGCUUUGACCCGACCGCGAGCUCUCUCCAUGUCGGCAACUUGGUCACGGCCAUUGCAUUGCGCCACUUCCAGCUUGCGGGCCUCAAGCCCAUUCUUCUCGUGGGUGGUGCCACGGGUAUGAUUGGCGACCCCAGCAUGCGCUCGGACGAGCGUGUCAUGCUCACGGCCGAGGCUGUCGAUGCGAAUGCGAGCCGCCUCAUGAAGUCGCUCGAGAACGUCCUCGACUUUGAGUCGUCUGCGACGGGCGCGGUUGUCGCCAACAACAUGGAGUGGCACGGCAAGAUGUCGGCCGUCGACUGGAUGCGCGACUGCGGCCGCUUUGCGCGCGUGAACGCGAUGCUGGCGCGGGACAGCGUCAAGCGCCGCCUCGAGAGCGACCACGGCCUGAGCUUCCUCGAGUUUUCCUACCAGCUCUUCCAGGCCUACGACUUUUUGCAUCUGCACCGCCACUACAACUGCUUUGUGCAAGUGGGCGGCAGCGACCAAUGGGGCAACAUCGUCUCGGGCACCGACAUGGUGCGCAAGGCCGACGGCAAGGAAGUGUACGGCGUGACGCUGCCGCUGCUCACGACCGCAUCUGGUGAGAAGUAUGGCAAGUCGGCCGGCAAUGCUAUCUGGCUCGAUCCCACCAAGACAUCGACGUUUGACUUUUACCAGUAUUUUAUCCGGUCCGAAGACGCCGAUGUCCCAAUGCUGCUCAAGACAUUUACGUUCCUGAGCCUCGACGAGAUCCAAGACGUCCUGGCGACGCAUGCUGCGGAACCGGAGAAGCGCUUCGGGCAGCAGACGGUCGCCGAGCACGUGACGACGCUCAUCCACGGCAAGGACGCGCUCGAGCAAGCCCAACGCGCCGCCAAAGUGCUCUUUGGCGGCUCCUGCGACGGUAUCUCGGCCGCUACGAUGCUCUCGAUCGACGCGCCCAAGACGGCCCUGGCGCCGGCGCAGGUGAUUGGCCAAAAGGUCGUCGACGUCGUCGGCCUUCUCGGUGCUGUCAAGACCAAGGCCGAGAUCCGGCGGCUCAUCAAGGCUGGUGGCUUGUAUAUCAACAACGUCCGCGUCGAGUCGGACGCCGCGGUCUUCGAGUCGCACCACGCGAUCGAAGGCCAGGCCACGCUCGUCCGCACGGGCAAGCGCAACUAUCACAUCAUCCAGAUCACGACCCCGUAA